UCCUUGCACUGAUUUGCAUGACCGGCUAUCAAGCAUAAUGUCCCUGUCUGCUUCGGGCGAUCCUCGCGGGUGGCUUUCCACCGACCCAUUCUGCUGGGUUUUGAUUGUCCAUCCCAGCCGUACGAAAGGUCAGGCGGAUUUAGAUCCCCGGACAAUGGCAAAGAACUCACAAGCUAUCAUUGUGACUAUUUGCAUCAUUAAUACUGGUGAGAUCCCAUGUCCAUGCCCAUGCCCAGUCUCUGGAACCCGGAUCCCAGUUUCUAAAGAGCAACUAUACGAACCUACUUGAUGUUGCUUCUACAUCACAACCGAAAUGACGA